CCACAUUUAUCACAGCGCGCACGCAUCAUGAGCCAUGCACACUCACCGCCUAUGCGCUCAACGUGUUCACUAGAAAACGCGUACAGGAGCAACUAAUAAUAGGCUCAUAUUUGCGACUUUUAAGGGGAGCUGCCAGCUGCUGUUCAACACAAUGCCGCCUCGAAAAUGAUGCCUACUACCCGUGUGUUAUUAUUUUCGAACUGGAUGGAUUUGAUAAUUAUUGUUGCCUUCACUGUUACUUCGCGAAACAUAUCGCCUUCCACUCAAAAUGGAUUAUAAAUACUGCACAUAUUAAAUUGUAUACACUCACACACAUGUACGUAGUUACAACCCAGCGAAAACUUUUCAUUUUUAGGAACCACUUAUUUAUGUAUCAAUGGAGUAACGCAUUACAAGUCGCCUCAAGACAAUUUCCGCUUAUCCAUCGCAUUACAUCUAAUGCAAUGGCAAGAAAUUUUACAUUUAUUCGAUUACCUCCAAUGACAUGCACAUGUUAAAAUAAUGCAUUCUGUAAACGAAAAGGUAAGCGGUUACUCUCGAUUGGGGAAGCACUUUUCGAGAGUAACCGCUUACCUUCUCGUUUACACAAUGCAUUACUUUAGCAUGUGCAUGUCAUUGGAGGUAAUCGAAUAAGUGUAAAAUUUCUUGCGAUAGGCGAAAAUUGUCUUGAGGCGGCUUGUAAUACGUUACUCUGUUGAUACAAAAAUAAGUACUUUCCAAAAACUUAAAAGUUUUUGCUGGGGACUGAUUCAAAACUGACACACUACCAUUAACAUAUGACAAUUUUGACACACUUUUUAAUAUCUUGCGAUUUACGAUAACUUUACAUUUGUUGUUAAGAACUAAAUAUUUGUUAUUUUGUUUUUUUAAGAAAAAUAUCUAUUAAUGCAAAUUGCACAUAAAUAUUCGAGCAUUUUUCAACAAAUUGUAACUGAAUCAAAACAAUGGAAACAUAAAUGGCUGUAAGCUCCUUUUGAAUACAACCGACAAAAAAGUUUAAAUGAGAACAAAAUAUGUAAAACCAAAAUGCAUGUUUAUGUAAAUGCAUAAGUGCAUAUGUAUAUAUAUAUACGAAUAUAUGUCCAUGAGGACGACAUCUUUUGACAAUUGUUUACUUAAGAAAAUAUUGUAGAAAGCAAAUGUAGGCUGCAUAUAUGUAUACAUACCGUCGCCUGGGUAAAAGAUUGUCGUAAGCGCAAUUUUGACGAUUUUUAGUUCUAGAUGCAGUUACGUAUAUGUUUUGAAAUAACGUAUUUCGAUUGGUGUUAUCAGUUUUUAGAUAUCUCCUUUAGUUUCCGAGAUAUUGACUAAAUUUUUUUCGAUAUUUUAGUAAAAAUUUAGUUAGUGAUGCAGUCAUAUUAAACUAAUCAAUAAAAGUGUCGUCAAUUUAAUAGAAAUGUUGAUCACAUUUUGGCGUUUUUCAUACAAAGUGGCUGCCAAUUUGUGGACAAAUGACGCUUACGACAAAAUUUUACUAAAGAAAAUCCGUCA